GUCAUUUCACAUGAUAAAAAAUUUGUCACCUUGGCUCGCUUCACUUCUUCUAGGGUUUUGGGUUCUCGUUGCUGUGAUCUUUCUUACAUUGCAUUUCCUGGUCUAUAGCGUACCUUUUUCUUGACUGUUUGGAAGAAGAUUGGCAAUUCUGGCAGACUCGCAGAACUUGCAAUUCGUUAUUUCUUAUUAUGAUUAGGAAUGGGCGACAAGAAGAAGAAGACAUUCAUGUUCAUCCGGCUUGUUUCAGCUGCUGGGACUGGAUUCUUCUAUGUGAAGAGAAAGAGUUCUAAGAAAAUUGCUGAGAAGCUCGAGUUUCGCAAGUAUGACCCUAGGGUGAAUCGCCAUGUUCUGUUCACAGAGGCCAAAAUGAAAUGAGGUGGAAGCAUAUGUGAUCGAUCUUUGUUGUUAUUACUUUAUUUUGGAUCAAUAUACUGCUUCUAUGGACAAUUUUGAAAUUAAGUAGAGAUGAAUAAGAACUUGUUCAUGCUGUUUGAUGAUUUA